UUGUCGUGAACGUUGAUGGGCAACCCGUUAAUGUCCAGUUAUGCGACACUGCAGGUCAAGACGAUUUCGACCCCUUACGAUCACUGUGCUAUCCAGAAACGGAUGUAUUUCUAGUUUGCUUCAGCAUUGUAUGCCCUUCUUCAUAUCACAGUGUCGCUUCGAAAUGGGUUGACGAAGUACGGAAAUACUGCCCCAAUACUCCAAUAAUUGUGAUAGGAACGAAGAGUGAUUUGCGAUCUGAUGUACGUUUGACGCUGCAACUUGCCAGAUACGGUCAAGCACCGAUCACGACGGUUCAAGGACACCAAUUAGCUCAAAGGUUAGGAGCUGUAAAUUAUGUCGAAACGUCGGCAUUAACUCAGCAUGAUCUUAAAGAAGCGUUCGACCAAGCCAUAGUUAGCGCCCUAGGCUCAAGAGGUAGCUUCUCAAGCUCCCUGUAUCAACGCAAGAAACCUCCUCCUCUCUGGCGGCGAUGGUUCUGUUGCUACGAAAAGUCCCCUUCGACCAGCCCUUAGGACUUUUAGACCUAUCUUUUUAGAUUUUUCAACUGUGAUUACGCAUAGCUGCCUUCCUAUCAGUUUCAUAAUCAUUAAAUAUUUACAAUUCUGAAUGAACUGCAUAGCUGUAUACUCAACUUGACGCACAUGGAUUAGUCAUAAAAUUGAAUAUAUUCAUUCACAUAGUUUUUGAAAAUUUAGCCACCUUAAAGUUACAUGCAACACUUCGUGAACUUCAUCAAUGAUAAUGUUCUGCAUUAUUGUCGGUUUGUACGGGAAUUUACGCAAGAAACGACAGUCUACAAUAGGAUUAUAUAUUUUAACCUCAGACUUACCGUAACAUCAUAAGCCGCUAUUCUCGCCGACACAACGUGGUAUUGAGUUGUUCCUACGAGAGAUAUUUUUUCUGAACUAAUGAAUAUAUAUAUGAAUAUAAUCUAUUUGUCUUUCGCAAUGUGUUAUUAGCUUAAUAUUAUUCCAGAUGUAAAUUUGUCGUGUUAAUAUCAGUUUACUUUGCAGUAAAAUAUCUUACGCGUUCAGUUUGUUCUUUAUAAUUUUUAGAUUAGACUAAUAUGAAAAAACCAUGCAUUCCAAAAGUAUGAUCUUUAUCUGUAAAUAAAAAUUCUCGAAUUUUCAAUUCCUUCGCUAAAAAAAUGAAAUUUGCAAAGAUAUAGUUACCUAUCUCUGAAAAUGUGAGUAGUUUACUUCACAUAAAAUUAACAAAAAUUCAGAACAAAAUUAAUGAUAACACUUCACUUUGAAAAUUUGUUUAACAGAUUUAUAGGUAAAAAAAUAUAUGAAUCUUAGAAUAUUUGUGUGGCGACUGCUCCGCCACCAUUCACCGAAAUCUUUAGAAAAUAUUUUUUCUCAGGUGCUUUCACCCGUUUGUUUCAUUCUGUGCCAGCGACCGAAGUCGCAGGCCUAAGAAUGCAGGCAUUGGCGAAAGCCAAGGUUCUCUGCGUCAAAAAAUUUUCCGUGCGCACAUCUGGCGUGUACGAUUAGUUUUUAGGACGCGAGAGUACAUUGGGAAAGAUCUUCCUUUCCGCACAUUUUUUACCCCGCAAAAUGGGGAAUCGAGUACAAAUCGUCCAAGCGAUGACAUCGUAUCCCUGACGCUCCGAUGCUUUCUUGAAUAAAUAUUAUUAUUGUUUUUCACUG